GACCCACUUAGUUCAGACGUUCCACCGCGGUGGGACAACUAUUUUCUUUAUCUUUAUCGGCUUCAUUUUUUUCGGCCGUGUCGUCACGGCCAAAAUUCAAUCUGAUACUUCACGCCAACUUCACUUCGCAACCCUGUUAUUCUGCAUACCUCAUCAUACCUCAUCAUACCUCAAUAAGAUACCUCCGACGAUGGCAGCCGACGAGCGGAAUAUGCCCUUCAUAAAACACCUUGCGUCCAGUGAUCGCAAAAUACGAACCUCGGCCCUCGGUACCCUUCGCACGUUCCUCACGGCGCCUACCACCGCCCGGAAGCUGACAGACCUCGAUUAUCUAAAACUAUGGAAAGGACUAUACUACAGUGUAUGGAUGUGCGAUCGGCCCAUACCUCAGCAAAACUUGUGCGCCGACCUCGCCGGCCUCCUAGCUGCCCUUCCUACGCCGAGCGAUAACGAGUGCGCCGUAGUGAUUCCCUUCCUCCGCGCCUUCUGGGCUACCCUCUCUCGCGAAUGGACUGCCAUCGACGUUUUGCGCAUGGAGAAAUAUUUGCUGCUGGUGAGGCGGGUAUUCGGCGCCAGUCUGGCUUGGGUGGGCGACGGGAAAGACAAACGGUGGACCGGUACGCGCGCGGACGGCAUGCUCCGGCUGCUAGAGGAAUGGCCCCUCGAAAAGACGGGCGACCUAUCCAAGGUGUCUGUGGGCUUGCGGCUUCACGUGUUAGAUAUAUGGGUCGACGAAGCGGAGAAGCUAGAAUUGCUGGCGGAGGAAGGUGACGAGAACGCCGACGACCGCGGUACGUUUCUAGAGAGGUUACGGACUAUCGUGGAGGUGCAAUGCAAAUCUGCUUGCCAACCUGUGCAGUCCAGAGCUACGGAAUCUCUGUCGGACGAGAGGUUACCGUGGAAUAGAGUUACCUCGUCGGAGGAAGAGAUGGACGUUGACAAGGGCGACGGGGAUAGCUGGGAUGGAUUUGACGACUAAGUCGCCAACAGCGAUUUAUCCGCUGCCGGGAAUGCGAACGUGUUAGGAUUUGGAGUUCGGGCGUUUAUGCGGAUGGACAUAUCGGGAAUCGAAACUUUUGUUCAAGACCAUAAAGUCCUAUAUUAAUAAAUAUACCUAAGACGCAGUACGAA